AUGGUGUUCUUCCUGUCUCGACGGUGGAAGCCGAACAAAUGGCCCUUCUACGGCCUGCUCGCGAUCGAGCUGGCCUUGACCAUUGCCUUGCUGGCACUGUUCGGGAUUGCGGCGCCGAACCUGUACCGGACGAAACUAUGGCAAGACGGUGCAGACAACGGCUUCAACUCGAGUCCCGCCACAGGACUGUACGCGGCAGCCAACUAUCGACCGUACACGACGCCCAAAGUGUGGUCACCAUUUAUAACAAACUAUAACGUCGUGAUCGCCGUCCUCUCCAUGUUCGUCAUGCUGGUCAAGGCCAUCAUGUACAUGCUGCACGUCUUCCCGCCGAUCCUGUCCGCCGUCGUCCACGCCAUCCUCAUCGCCCUCUACACCGUCUCCGUCGACUACCAGGCCAGCAGCGACACCACCGACCCCGACCAUCCGCAGAAGGGUGCCCCCUGGUAUAUCACGAAGUCGUGUAGCGUGGCACAUGACAAGAGCUUGGUCGGCUAUUGCGAACAAGCCAAGGCGAGCUUCGCAUGCACUUGCGCCAUGCUGGGCAUCUUCGUCGUCUACUUCGGCCUGGCCGUCUGGUCGUGCUUCCCGUCCAAGAAGCAACGGCUGGAAUAUGCCGAGGAGAAACGUCUCAAGGCGGAGAAAUGGGCUCGCUUCGAGAUUGUCGAGGAUCCGGUGACGGGCGAGGCCAUCAGCGCCCCACCACAACCAGACACGCCGGGAUUGCAGGACGGACUGAGUCCCAUGACUCCGCGAACUAGGGCGUUCAAUAUCCUCGGAGGGACGAAAGACUUGCCUCUCCGGAGCCACUUCAGCACUGCCAACAGCAACAGGACCCCAAAUCCCGAUGCAACUGCCUCAGCCUCAGCCCCUGCCACAUCUCGUUCCUUUGCUAUGAGAAGCCCGCAAAUGCCGACAAGUCCCACGACGCACGGGUUCGCUGAAGUGCCGGCCAGUGACGUCCGAGCAGGGAAGUCGCCUGAACUAUAUUUUCCGCCUCCUCCCAGGACGUCGAAGAAGUAG